AUGUCGCUCACGGAAGCCAAAGUCCUGUCGCAAGGGCCGCUGCCCGACGAGGAGGCCCGAUGGGUCAAGCUCACCAAGAUCACCUACCAAGACCCCAAGGGCCAGACCCGCACGUGGGAGUCGUCCGAACGCCUCUCCCGCCCCGCCGGCUCGGACAUUGACGGCGUGGGCAUCGUCGCCGUGCUCGACAAGCCCUCUGGCCCAGAGAUUGUCUUGCAGAAGCAAUAUCGCCCGCCCAUCGACAAGGUCACCAUUGAGGUGCCCGCGGGUCUCAUCGAUGCCGGAGAGACUCCCGAGCAGGCCGCAGUCCGCGAGCUUCGUGAAGAAACGGGCUACGUCGGCGUCGUGUCCGAGUCCUCGCCCGUCAUGUUCAAUGACCCGGGCUUUUGCAACACCAACCUGCGCAUGGUCCACGUCACCAUCGACAUGUCCCUUCCUGAGAACCAGGACCUUAAGCCCGAGCUUGAGGAGAACGAGUUCAUCGAGGUGUUCACGGUGCCGCUAGCCACGCUUUGGGACGAGUGCAAGCGACUCGAAGCCGAGGGAUACGCCAUCGACGCACGAGUCGGAACCUUUGCCGAGGGCAUUCUCAUGGCCCAGAGAUUAAAGCUCUGA